CCUUGCCCCAUGCCUGUCACAGCAGCUGCUGCCCUUGACCACAUCAUGGGGAGCCCGGUGCGACUCAGCCUGCUCUGUGUUGUCCUGGCCAGCCUCCUGCUCCCCGCGGGAGGUGUGUUUAUUAACCGGGAACAUGCCAACAAUGUCCUGGCGAGGAUUCGGAGGGCAAACUCAUUUUUCGAAGAGAUCAAGAAAGGAAAUCUGGAAAGAGAGUGUAUGGAAGAAAUUUGUUCUCUUGAAGAGGUCCGCGAGAUCUUCGAGGACGAUGAGAAGACGGAAGCAUUCUGGAAUAAAUAUUCAGACGGCGACCAGUGUGAGAGCGACCCUUGCCAGAAUCAAGGGGAGUGUCGAGACGGCAUCGGGGGUUACACGUGCACCUGCUCGGAGGGAUUCGAAGGCAAAAACUGUGAGCUCUUUGUCCGGAAACUCUGCAGCCUAGACAAUGGAGACUGUGACCAGUUCUGCAGUGAAGAACAGAACUCAGUGGUGUGCUCCUGUGCCAGCGGUUACUUCCUGGGUAAUGAUGGCAAGUCCUGCAUCUCCACAGCUCCUUACCCCUGUGGAAAAGUCACUACAGGACGCAGGAAGAGGUCUGUGGCCCUAAACACCAGCAACAGUGAGCCUGACCCUGAAGACCUCCUGCUUGAUAUGGAUAUCCUAGCCCCUACCGAGAGUCCUUCCGAACUGCUCAACCUCAACGAGACACAGCCCGAGAGGAACAGUGACAACCUCAUUCGGAUUGUGGGUGGCCGAGAAUGCAAAGAUGGAGAAUGUCCCUGGCAGGCUCUGCUCAUUAACGAAGACAAUAAUGGGUUCUGUGGGGGCACCAUCUUGAACGAGUUCUACAUCCUCACCGCCGCCCACUGCCUCCAUCAGGCCAGACUGUUCAAGGUGAGGGUAGGGGAUCGGAACACAGAGGUGGAGGAAGGCAAUGAGAUGGUGCACGAGGUGGACGUGGUCAUUAAGCACAACAAGUUUGAGAAGGACACCUACGACUUCGAUAUCGCUGUGCUGAGGCUGAAGACCCCCAUCACGUUCCGCAUGAACGUGGCCCCCGCCUGCCUACCUCAGAAAGACUGGGCCGAGGCCACGCUGAUGACACAGAAGACGGGCAUCGUGAGCGGGUUUGGACGCACUCAUGAGAAGGGCCGCCAGUCAAACAUCCUGAAGAUGCUGGAGGUGCCCUACGUGGACCGCAACACCUGCAGGCUCUCCACCAGCUUCAGCAUCACGCAGAAUAUGUUCUGCGCAGGCUACGAGGCCAAGCUGGAAGAUGCGUGCCAGGGGGACAGCGGCGGCCCCCAUGUCACGCGGUUCAAGGACACCUACUUUGUGACCGGCAUUGUCAGCUGGGGGGAGGGGUGUGCGAGGAAAGGGAAAUAUGGCAUCUACACAAAGGUCACGACCUUCCUCAAGUGGAUUGACAGGUCCAUGAAAGCCAGGGUGGGACCCACAGCUGAGACCCCAAGGUUAGCAGCUCCACCCAAUUAA